AGUGAUGUGUCAAUAAAAAUAUGUUUGUCAUACAAUCCAUAUAGAAUUUGACACCGGCUACACAUCAAUAAGGUGAUUAAAGUCAAGAAUAAUUUAAUCAUAUUUUAUAAUUAAUGUGAGCAUUCAUAUGUGUGCAAUGUACACUGUACACGAGUGCGUGUAUACUUUGUGAGAAAUGUUCAUAAAAACUUUUUCGUAAAAAUUUGUACUUCAUGGAUUUUUAGAAUUAUUUUUAACGGAUAUGAAUCAUUCUAUAUUUUUUGAAAGAUCGACCAAUUAAACAAAUAUUAAUAAAACCAAUACUUUUAUAUUAAAAUUAAAAAUUAAACUGCAUAUUAAAAUUCAGGUAUAAUUUCUUUAUUUUAUAAUUAUGUAAAGUAAUUUUGACAAAUUAAAAAAAAACACCUCACCCUAUGGAAUAUGAAUCUAUGACUCUACACAAACCGUACGUUGUACCAAUCCAGCAAUAGUGCGCUGUGCCUGAUGGAAAAAAAGGCUAGUUUAAAUUUUAUAUGUCAUUUUUUUCCGCUUUGUAGAAGGACAUUGCCAAAAAUUUCCAAAUAAGAAUGAUUUAUUAUAUUCAAAAUAGAUUAUAUUCAUAUAUCUUUAUGAGAAAAUCAUCGACCAAUUGUGUACAGUAAUACAUGAACAAAAACCAAAUAAGAUUAUAACUCUAAUAGAUUUUUCAAGCCGAAGUACAUAAUUUACAAGAGAAAUGAUUCUUAAGUUGGUAAUGCUCGCUGGUUUACUAGUUUUAAGUUCAACCAUUCCGGUAUCUUCUUACGGGUUUGCUACACUUCCUUAUAAGCUAUAUCCUGAAUACACUUCAAAACAUUAUUUCGACGAUGCGUCCGUGACUCGUCCAAAAUAUAACUUCGCUUAUAAUGUGGCUGAUGUGAACACCGGAGACUUCAAAACUCACACUGAAGAACGAGACGGCGAUGUUGUAAGAGGUCAGUACACCGUAAUGGAACCGGACGGUACCAAACGCAUAGUAGAUUACACAGCCGACGACCGAAACGGGUUCAACGCAGUUGUCACCAAAGAAGGCCAACCAUCUGUAUCUGUUCUGAGGCCAGAAAUCAAAACUCCUACAACACCAUACGCUAAGUUCCAACCAUUAAAUGUAUAUCCAUCAACAACACCAUAUAAACCUUCUUAUCAAUUUCCACAAUCUUACAAACCAUAUAAACCAUCAUACAAACUUCUCUACAAGCGUACACCUUAUCCGCCAUACCCAUCGACGACACCACGUUCACCAACUUAUCAAUCAUUAUAUCAUAGACAUUUUUAAAAUAUCGCGACUAUCUUUUGUAUAAGCUCUUUGUAAUCUGAAAUUAUAAUUUCAAAUUUUAUUUAAAUAACACGUUAAGAUUUAUGUAUAUUAUGUCUUUGUAUUACUAAAAGAGUUCAAAAAUGGUUAAGAUGGACUUAAUUAUUUAAUAUUGGCGCAAAUAUAGGAACGCUACACACUUUAGGUAUAAGAAAAUGAUGAAAUAGUUCAUAAUUCAUUAUUCUCCGAUACAGUACUAUCAAGAGUGUAGGUGAAAAUUACAUAAAAACAGAUUUUAAUACAUAAUAUCACAACCAGUUAUUUUUAUAAUAAUUUGAACAAGUAAAAACUUUGUAUAAUUGGGGGUUUAAUUAUUUUUCUUAUUUUCCUAAGCUACUGGUACUAUUAAUAAUCAUUAAAUUAUGAAAUGUUAUAUAUAUAACAUAAUGU